CGGACGACUCUUGCUGAGGACUAUUCUGGGGCUUGUGCACGUCGAGUAUAAAGCUGCCGCUCAUCUACUGGACUGGAUCCAGUCUUCUUGUUCUGAGCAGCCAUGGCGACCCCGGCAUAUGAAAUAUCCAUCGACCACUUGACAUACGCGCACGUCCGCGACGCCUCACCGUCGCUGUCCGACGUCAACGUCCACUUGCCGAAGGGAUCGCGGACGAUAUUGGUGGGAGCAAAUGGAGCGGGGAAGUCGACAUUGCUGCAGAUCCUCGCGGGCAAGCGACUCAUAUCCGCGCCCGGUACCGACGUGCGUAUCAAGGACAAGGAUGUGUUUCGCGCCACGCCCCAGGGCAUCACAUUUCUGGGCACAGAGUGGGCGAUGAACCCGGUCGUGCGCGGCGAUAUCGUGGUGUCAGAUUUCCUCAACUCCGUAGGCGGUUACCGGCACAAGGAGCGACGGGAUGUCCUGCUGGACAUCUUGGAUGUCGACCUGGACUGGCACAUGCACCAAAUAUCUGACGGCGAGCGGCGCCGAGUACAGCUCGUCAUGGGCCUGAUGGCAGAUUGGGACGUGCUUUUGUUGGAUGAGGUGACUGUAGACUUGGACGUCCUCGUCCGGGAUGAUCUGUUGAAGUUCCUUAAGAAGGACUCGGAGACGCGCGGGGCGACCAUUCUGUAUGCGACCCAUAUCUUCGAUGGGCUGAAUGAUUUCCCCACGCAUGUUGCGCAUAUGCAUCUGGGGACGUUCUUGAUGGAGCCUACGUCGUGGCCAUUCACUGGGCCGUCGACGGCAGGAAUCACGUCUGUCGACCUAGGCCAGAACCCAACCUUGUACGCGCUCGCACUGCAGUGGCUGAAGGAGGACCGUGACCGGCGUCGCGCGCUGGAGGGGCAGGGCCGGAGACAGAGAGGCGCGCGCAAAGACGAUGUGCCCAAUGAUUCGGAGACGUUUUACAGAAAAUACGACUACAGUCACUGAUGGAUAGAUUCGUCCGACUGGCCUCCGUGUUCAACCUAGAGGCCGGACGUGGGUGCAAUUGGCGUCUCGUGUUCAACCUGCGGACUUGGGGUUCUAUCUGCGGUCUUCGUGUUCAACCUGAUGACCUCUGGGAGAGGAAGAUGUAUCGAUAGCAGCUGUACUGUAUUGCUCAACCAAUGGACUGAUGUGCG